AUGUUCGUUGACGAAAUUGCGACAACGACUGAAAGCGAACAUGAUAAUGUAUUUUAUACGUUGCCGAAUGAUAUCGAAAUUGCAACACCAGUUUCUUCUAAACGAGCUCAAAAUAUAAAUGACAACAAGGCAGUAUUCGCUGAAAAGAUGAGGAAAUCGGCACCGAAAAGAGCAAUUAGCAAAUUAUCUGCACUACAAUCGGAAAGAAAUGAGCUACAAAUACAACGCUUAGAAUUAGAAAAGGAGAAACACAGAGACUACAUGGAAAGGGAGGCAAAACGGAUAAGUAUAGAAAAGAAAAAGUUUGUUUUGGAAAAAGAAAGACACGAGAAGAUGUUUGAGCUGGAAAAAGAAAAAUUAGCCAUAGAAAAAGAGAACAAUAAGGAUAAAUUAAAAAUUUUGACUAUGGAGCUGGAGAUGAAGGAGCGGCUAGCACGUUAUGAGUUAGAACUAAAAUACAAUCAGUAAAACAGAAGCUAAAUUUUUUUUCAGAAAACAGAAAACAAAAAUUACACAUUUUAUUUUAUUUAUUUAUGGAACAACAAUCUAUUGUUAUAUGAAAG